CUCUGGGCGGGGUCUCCCCAUUCUGUUCUUGUACUUUCACUUCUUCCGGACAAUAAGGCCGCCAAGAAGAGAGAAAGAAUGGAAGAGUUCCGUGGAAAAGUGGUGACUGAUGAUGACCUCAAGAAGUUCCAACAGAAGAUAUCUCAGUAUGAAUGGCACCAGUUGGGAUUAUUCUAUGAGCAUUUCUUGGAGGAUCUGAUCUAUAUCAUUCAGUCUUUGGACACUCAGCGUAUCCUGUGGGAGCUGAACUCUCGCAAACUUGUCUCUGUAGAGUACUAUGCAUCUAUGAAGAAGGAAUGUGGUGCCUCCGUGUUUGCUGAGAUGUUGUUAGAAGAUAUUCGUGCAUCUGGGAGAGACGCUGUGUUGGGAUUCUGGGAAAGUCUCUAUGUUCUACAGAAUGAUCACCCUCACCCCAACUUGCUGGGGGUACUGGAUGAACUCACUGAAAUAGAUGAGCUUGAGCAGUGGAUUCUAUUGGACAAGCAGGGUCACGAUUUACCUGGAAGUCUUCAAGCCUGCCAAUUACAGCAUAGAGAGUUUCUUCAGGAGAAAACUCAGAAUCUGGUGGAACACAGAGCUCCAGGAUUAACCACUGAGAGUCAGAGUUUCCAUAUCUCUGAGCGCUAUUUAGACCUCAUUGUUGUCUCCAACCAGCACUUUAGGACAUAUUCUCAGCAUGAGCUCAUUGCAACAGGGGGAAUACAUGAACAUUACUUACAGAGAGCUCAGAGUAAUUUGGAGAGGAUUAGCCCUAACCGGCUGUUCCGCUGGUGCCACAGAAAGAGAUGUGUGCCACAUACAGUGCUGGUGAGCGGAGUGCCAGGGGUGGGGAAAACCACAUUAAUGCAGAAGUUUGUCUAUGACUGGGUAAGUGGAGAACUCUACCAGAGAUUCGCUUUUGUCUUCUUAUUCAAAUUCCGGGAUCUCAACACAAUGGACAAGACCAGCUUGGCACAAAUGAUCCUCAGUGGAUAUCCAUAUCUCCAUGGUGAGCUUGAGAGAAUCUUUCAAAACCCAGAAAAGCUGCUUUUUAUUUUUGAUGGGUUAGACGAAAGCAAAAAGCAGGUGGAUUUUAAGUCCUGUCAUCCGUGCAACGACCCACAAUCACCUGGGGAUAUCAGCAUCAUUGUGUCCAGUUUGGUGAAACAGACUCUUCUCAGAGGCUGCUCUGUGCUCAUAACCAGCCGCCCAACCAGAGUGGCAGAAAUUGAUGUUGAUAUUUUUCAUAGAAUGUCGGAAAUUGUGGGAUUCUUCCCCAGGCAGAGAGAAAAGUAUUUUAAACAUUUUUUUCAAAAUGAGGUGGUGGCAAAAAAGGCAUUCCAUUAUGUUAGGGAAAAUGGAAUUCUAUAUACGUUCUGUUACAUCCCGGCUUAUUGCUGGAUCAUCUGUACAGUUUUAGCAAUGUCUUUCAAAACACAGGGAAAAAAUGACCCACCGGAUUUUUCAUUACUUCCAAAAACAGUGACACAGCUGUUUGUGGCUUUUGUCAGCAAUAUUUUUACCAAUCAUAGCCAAGAUUUGUCUCAUGCUAAGGAAGAAUUGAUGGCACUUGGUUGGCUGGCAGAAUAUGGACUAACUAACCAGGCUCUUGUGUUUGAAAAAGAAGAUGUGCAGUCCUAUAUUACAAACACUUAUUCGCAGAUGAUGUCAAGCUUUAUAGUAGAAUGCGGUCAACCUCCCCAUGUGUCAUAUUCCUUCUUCCACUUAACAGUGCAGGAGUUUUUGGCUGCUCUGGUUCACUACAUGGACUGUUCUUCUGAAAAGCUGAAAGAAACGCUUAGGAACACAAGAUCUUUUGAUGAUGGACGCAGGGAAAUAUUCCUUCGUUUUAUAUCUGGGCUCUCCGACAACUCCACCAGGUCACUGUUGAAGCCAACUUUAGGAACAUUAUCAGCUCAAGCUUCCAAGGAUGUCAUUAGUUUUCUCCAGGAGACAGUCACUCAAGUUUGGGAUCCAGAGGGACUGGAUGCCAACAAGAGGAAUAUUCUCAAUGUAUUUGCCUGCCUUGCUGAAUCCAGGAAUAAGGGUCUUGUAUCCUCCACCAUUGGAUCAAACCAAAUAUUUGAUUUUUCAGAAUUUUACCUUGCACCUCUAGACUGCACAGUGUUGGCUUUUAUCCUAGAAUCCUGUGGCGAAACAGAACAUCUGGACCUGAGUGCUUGUUUUAUUCAGAGCGAAGGACUGGAGAGGCUAGCACCAGCACUUCAUAGCAUUGCAGUUCUCGAGCUCACCAAAAAUAAUCUUAGAGAUGAGGACAUGCAAUGUAUUUAUUCUAUAUUAACCAACCCUCAGUGCAGAAUCAGAACUCUCAGGUUGAUGAAGAACGGCUUGACGGAGGAAAGCUGUAUCUUGUUGGCUUUUGCGGUCAAAGAAAACAACUCCUUAAGGGAACUUGACCUGUCUAAGAACAAACUGGCUGGGGAAAAUUUCUAUCAGUUGCUGAAGGCUCUUUCUGACCCUACAUGCAGGAUAGAGAGUUUGGAGCUCCAGGAGACAAAGCUGAUCCCAGAAUACACUGCAUCGCUGCUUUCUUUGACUAAAAACACCAGCCUCACACACCUCAAUAUCAGCAACAAUUUCUUUGGCGAUACUGGUUACCCCCAUAUACGCAAACUUAUACUGGAGCACCCCAGCCUGAAGGAGAUCAGGGUGGGGAUGAAUUCCUUUUCUGAAAACACAGAAAAACAACUAGAGCAGCUCCAAAGACCGGGUGUGAACAUUAUUUUGUGAUGAAGAGUAACUAUCCAACAAUUACACAAGGAGGUGCUAUGUAUAUGUUGUAUAUUCUUACAAACCAGUGUAUCCACGACUGUGAGCCUGGUUACUGCUGGGAACAGUGGAAUGUUCUGCUUCUGUGCUCCACUGUAGCUACUUUGUCCAUCAACAUAGAAUGCCCUGAGGUAAUCAGUGUUGUUAUUCCUUAUAGUAAUAUUUUACCUAAAGUACCUGUCAUCUGCUGUUCAGAUAUGGAUGGAAUAUACCGUAAGAAAUACACCCUAAGAAAUACACCCAUCGAGACUUGGGUAGAAACUUUAUUUCACAAAAUUCCAAUCAGGGCCGGAACUAGGGGUAGGCAAAAGAGGCGCCUGCCUAAGGCACAACGAUAGUGGGGCGAUAGGCAGCUACCUGUUAAAGGGUCUUCUGCCUACCCCUAGUUUGUGUUUGUUCGCCUCAGUCUUCUGCCCUCCCCUCUGCCACUCUCCCCACUCCUGUCCUCCCCUCUGCCACUUUCUCUACCCCUUUCCGCCCCUCUGCCGCUAUAACCCACCCCUGCCCUCCCCUCUGCCGCUAUCCCCACCUCUGCCCUCCCCUCUGCCGCUAUCCCCACCUCUGCCCUCCCCUCUGCCACUUUCUUUAUCCCUUCCCUCCCCUCUGCCGCUAUCCUCACCCCUCCACUCGCUAUCCCCACCCCUGCCCUCCCCUCUGCCGCUAUCCCCACCUCUGCCCUCCCCUCUGCCACUAUCCCCACCUCUUCCCUCCCCUCUGCCACUUUCUUUACCCCUUCCCACCCCUCUGCCACUAUCCUCACCCCUCCCCUUGGAAUCCCCACCCCUGCCCUCCCCUCUUCCGCCAUCCCCACCCCUGCCCGUAGGGAGCCCGGUCAACUUGGCCCAGUCCUGUUUCCAAUUCAUCCAAGAUUGUGCUUGCUAUCCAAGAUCAGGCUUCAAAGAUCAGUAACCCUGUUUCCCUGGAACUCCCUGGCUUGAGUCUCCCAGACCAACCCACCAAGCCAGACUUUCUUUUCGUUGAUAUGAUAACAAGAAGCAAAUCAACAUGACUCUUAUUGAGAAGAUUGUGAUGAUUCCAUGUUGCUUUUCCAUGGCUGUAAUAAACCCUAAUUCAUAAGAAACAAUCCAUAUAGAUAUCAUUUAGAUGUCCUGUGAGAGGGUGAAAGGUGCCCAGUUAAUAUUCUACUGUUUGUAUCCCAGUCAAUUGUAGGGAUUAUAGAGACACAAGUCGUUGGGUAGUUGCCACCUACAAUAGUUAUUAUACAUUUCUAACUGUUCAUGUUAUGUUUAUCGUUACUUCUGUUUUAUGUCUUUAUUUGUGCUGUUGCUCCCCCUUUCCCACGUAGGCCUAUGGUACAUCAGGUCUGCAAUUUGAUUUGACGGUUAGAGCUCUUUGAUGAGGUUGCCUCCAUGAUGGGACAACUUUAGACUACGACUUGCCCAGUCACACCUUAAUGUUCCUACUAAAUGUUUGUUGGCCUUUAGGUAUUAUGGGAAGUAGGAGGCUCAGGUACUGUUAGUGCUGGAAACUCAUUUAAGGAAAGAGUAUCUUUAUACAGUACAGGGUCAUUUCAAAUUGUGUGACCAAGACACACCAUGCUUAUUUGCAAAAUGGAUAGGAAAUACCAGGGGAAGAUUUUAAUCCUGUGAUUGAUUAUGGACCGGACAGAUAAGGCUACACAUACACCAGAGCAUUCUAUUGCCAUAUUGCCAUAUUAUAGCAGCUGUAAAGCAAACAACCAGCACAUGAAGGACACUUAGUAAAUGCCUGGUGUCAACUCAACCCAUGUAUCCAGUACUGGUGACGUAUUUGACCCUCAGUCUCAUUUUCAACUGUCCCUGGUCUGGUCAGGGCAAUUCUACAACAAGAACAUGAACUUUUGAAAAUAAAUACUACUAAUGCUAUUAUUACUACUUCUUGGGGCCGAUUCACUAAGCUCGAGUGAAGGAUUCGAAUGAAAAAAAU